AGAACCAGCUGGGGUCCUCGGCAUUCACAAUUCAACCCAAAAAGAAAGAAAGAAAGAAAUAAAAAUGGCUUCUUCUUCUGCGCACGUAAAAGAAACGCUAGGUGAGCUGAACAAGGAGUCCUUCGUGAGCCUCCUCUCGAAGCUGAUUGGGGAAGCCAAGUACGUCCAGAACAAUCCCCCGGACCUGAUUCCAGAGGAAGACAGAGUGGCGAAACACGUGUUGGACUCUCUUCUUCCUUACAGCAGAACCACAGGUGGAGGACCUUUGAUCGUCAACCAUGUCACCUAUCAUCAAGGCAGAGGCAAUAUCAUUGUGGAGUAUCCUGGGACUGUCCCUGGCAAUGUCUUGUCCUUCGUUGGUUGUCACAUGGAUGUGGUUACUGCUAAUCCUAAUGAUUGGGAAUUUGAUCCUUUCUCAUUGAGCAUUGAUGGUGAUAAACUUCGCGGCCGUGGAACUACUGAUUGUUUGGGGCAUGUUGCGCUUGUAACUGAACUCAUGAAGAGGCUAGGGGAGACAAAACCAAAAUUGAAGUCCACUGUUGUUGCUGUCUUUAUAGCCAAUGAAGAGAAUUCUGCCAUUUCAGGAGUUGGUGUGGAUGCACUCGUGAAAGAUGGACUACUUAAUAAGCUGAAGGAUGGUCCACUGUUUUGGAUUGACACAGCAGAUAAACAACCUUGUGUUGGUACUGGUGGUAUGAUUCCUUGGAAACUUAAAGUGACUGGGAAGCUUUUUCACAGUGGUUUAGCCCAUAAGGCUAUAAAUCCUUUGGAGCUAGCAAUGGAAGCAUUAAAAGAGAUCCAAUCAAGGUUUUACAGAGACUUUCCUCCCCAUCCUAAGGAACAGGUCUAUGGGUUUGCAACACCUUCAACCAUGAAACCAACUCAAUGGAGUUAUCCAGGAGGUGGAAUCAAUCAGAUUCCAGCUGAGUGUACAAUUUCAGGAGAUGUCAGGUUGACUCCCUUCUACAAUGUAAAGGAUGUAACGUCAAAGCUUCAAGAGUAUGUGGAUGACAUUAAUGAGAACGUAGACAAGCUAGAUUCACGUGGUCCUGUUUCCAAAUAUGUCUUACCAGAUGAAAACUUAAGGGGAAGCCUUACACUUAGUUUUGAUGAGACAAUGUCUGGAGUUGCAUGUGAUCUUAACUCACGUGGCUUUCAUGUAUUGUGUAAAGCAACUGAAGAGGUAGUUGGGCAUGUAAAGCCUUACUCGAUUACUGGAAGUUUGCCACUCAUUCGAGAACUGCAGGAUGAAGGAUUUGAUGUUCAGACUUCAGGAUAUGGUUUAAUGGCCACAUACCAUGCCAAGAAUGAGUAUUGUCUACUUUCUGACAUGUGCCAAGGCUACCAGGUCUUUGUCAGCAUCAUCUCUCAGUUAGAAGAUUGACGAUACGAGGAUAUGCUAAAAAUAAAACCCAAUAAUGGCCCUUAACUGUGUUUUCAACAGCCAACUCAUUACGGUUGGAUAAAAUUUAUUGUUGUGAUUGGCGUAAUAUUUCAGAAUGAGUUACCAACUGCACAAUAAGCCUUUUUUUCUGAUCUGGAUUUUAUUCAUUAAGAUUUGCUUA